GAUCCUUCAAGGCUUCAUUACUGGUCUGAGCCGAGAUGAGUAACAUGGCCAUGGACCAGCAGCAGAUCACAGCUCGACCCAGGACGCCGGUCCCCACUCUCUGGUUCGAGUUUCUCUUGGAUGCUAGUCUGCUCCCGAAACACCUAGCCCAGGAGAAUCCAGAACCAACCGCCACACAGCUCUUGGUACAGUUUGUGGACCAGUCCAUUAAAACCCAAGGGGAGGAGGAGUCGGAGCAGCAGAAACGCAAGGCCACCUCGCUGAAGAGCCUGGCAUUGCAGGUUGCUGCGCAUCUCAACUGGAAUAUCACCAGACUGCAGAAGGACAUGCCCCUCUUCAUGGUGCACAAGGUUCUCAAGGAUUUUGUGGAGUCGGUCUCGCCUCCCAAUCUGAACAUCCAACCCGGUACGGACGUCUGCAGUCUCAGUGAUUCGGUGCUGGUAGCUUUGGCAGUCUAUAACAGAUGGUGUAUUCGUACAUUGCUCGACAGUGCACACUCCAGGCCUGCUAAGUCAGCAGUUGCAAUUCUCCCAAACGGGUCCAACUUGAAUGUUGCUGGCAUCAAUGAUAUGGUCAUCAAAACAGUCAAAGACACCUUACAAGAAUCGGUCAGCUUUUUGGAACGAUGCCUACCAAUCAACCGAGACAUCUCAGUACCGGCCAUGCAGACUUUCCAGGAGGCCCCGCCUCCCAAAGUCCAAGAAGCCCCGCCCACAGACACCCCUCCGACCAAUGGCAACGCAGCGACCACUUCUCCCCCAACCAAUCAGGAAGCAGCUUCACAGUCCAAGGAUCCCCUGCCUGUCCUCACCAAGGAGCAGUUUCUUUGCCUCUUGUGUUACGACCUCGGCAGUUUUUAUUUUCACCAGCGGAUUCUUCCCAGGGCCGUGGAGAUGUUCAGCAGAGUUGCCCUGCUACUGCCCUCGCUCUCAGGAUCAGUAUUCAGCGAUAUCGAUGCCUCGGCCCUGCAGGGAUACCUAGCGGCUUGCGGCGGGGGUCAGCGAGAAUGGCCGUCGCUCCAAGAGAUCCCACAAGGCCACCUGCUACAACAAAUAGAGAGAUCCAGACAGAUGGGAAUGAAGGGCACCAUUGAACUUCUUGAGGAGGACAAUCGUCGAUUGGAGACCCCCAUGUCUUACCGGGACCAUCUCCUCAACCUGGUCCUCUCGUCUCAGCCCAGCGUGGACAGCCAGACUGCCUUUCAAGUCGUGGCACUCCAUGUCAUCCGGAGGUUUAAGGAAGGGCUGACGUUGGUCCCACAGCACCUCAGUAUCCUCCGGAGGGCGACAGACAAGAAUCUGGAGGCCCUAGGAAUGUUUAUUAAAAGAGAAUUUCAACAGCAGAAAGAACGGAAUAAGACCAACAUCAAAACAUUACUGAGGGGUUUGUGCACUGACGACAGAGUCUCCAAGUUUCUUGGAAAGUCACUGCAAGACACGCUGACGGAUGAUGAAUUAUUGGCACUGUGCCAAAGAGCAACCACAGAGGAGAUUGUUGCCAUGGAGAUCGGGUCAUCUUCACAAACAGACAACAUGGCUCUGCAGUUAGGCAAUCUGGAACAGCGUCUACUCCUUACCAACAGUCACUCAGAGCUGGAGAGUAUACUAACCCAGCUGCACCGCUUGGGGCCUGGGAAACGUUACUCCAACAUCUGCAGCAAGUGGCAGAUCGAGAAAAGUUACGCCUUCAUCCUAGAUGGCAUGGGGAACAAGAAGACACAGGAUAUGCUAUUCUUGCUGCUGGUCAAAGCUCAACAUUGCACAGAAAUCAAGAAUUAUGCUGCUGCCAAAUCCUUGCUGGAGACGGCCCACGCCCUGGUGCGCGACACCUCCUUCAAGUUACAAAAGGCCCUGCUGCACGAGAUCCUGUAUAUUGAGCUGCUGAGCGGGGAAGCUGGUACCCGGCAGGUAGAACCAGGGAAGCCCACAGUGCCACAAAGGAUCCAGUCGUGUCUGGCCAGUGCCAAAAGCGAGCGAGACAUUACACCUAGAGAUAAGAUUCUAGAUCAGUGCAUCAUACACCUGCUCAACUCCGGAAACUGGGUGGAUGCCAUGGGUGCAGAUUUCAUCGGUACUUCGUACUCAAUAUUGGGUAAGGUGAUUGCCACGGCCUGCCAUGAUCUCUCCAUGCGCAAGGAUGCCACCAAGUCCUCCGCAUGUCUCUGGAAUGCCACCUUGCAGAUAUUCAGCUCCAGUAAUAAGCAGGUCAAGAGAAGCAGCUCUGGUAAGCCGGCCGGGACCGUACAGAGGGAAUCUAUGCUGGCUAUCAUGCUCAGGUCUGAUUUUCUCCAGUUCCUGAAGCAGCUGCGAUUCUCCCUGUGUCUGACCGUAAUGCUGUCAUGUAUUGUCAAACUUCAUAACAUCUUGAAAGAUGACUCCAUGAACGAGCUGUCCCAUGAGCACGCGCAGCUGUGGCCCACAACUAUCACCAAUGUGAGUUCCAUCAACAUAGACUCUGUUGCCAUGGUCAUGGGUCAGCUGAUCAGUCAUGUGAUCGCUAUUAAUCCCGGUCAGUCAUCUUGGCUCAGGACACAGGCGGAUUACCACUAUGCCAACAGCCAGUAUGCCUCGGCCUUACAGUUCUACCUGCAGUCUGCCAGCAUCCUGACCGGUCUCUUUGAGGUACCGGUUCCCCGCGACGUCUGGCCUGACUUGGUCUACCGUCGCCUGAUCAAAUGCUGUAAUCACCUGCAGUGCUACACCCAGGUGGCACUGCUGUGCCAACUGCUGCAGCCAGUAGAUUAUACCACGGCAUUCAAGGCACUGCAGGAGAAGUCAUGUUACGAUGCUGGUGACGCAUUAUAUGACUGCAUCUGGGACGUGACGCUACUAGAAUACCUCAUAUACCUCCACAACAAGAGGAAUGAGCAGGAAAAGAAGCAGAAAGCAAUUCAAGCACUGAGUGCAGCAGAACUCAAUACCAGUAAUCCCGAGAAUAUUCUGAGCGCGGCAGCCCAGAAGAGAGCUUGUAAAUUCCUGAGAGCAAUGGCCAAGCAGUACUUAUAGCACAAGGGAGGGGCAGGGACAGCAGAGGGAUGCAUCCAAUGAAUUUAAGAAUUCUUUUGUUGUUUUUGAGAGCUUACUUUUUGUUGCUCUCAUUCAGAACUACAAGACUAGGCCUGCCUACUUGGGAUGUACCCAAAAGACUCGGUUUAAGACAUAAUUUUUACUCGUUGACUCAUUCAGUCAGUCGGUGACUCAGUCAGUCACAGGACAGCAAGCUGGCCAUUGGGUUUCAGCAAAAGAGCGACAUGACAUAUAAUAAUUCAAAAUCACUACUGGUUAUGAUCUAGUAGAGUUUUGGGGAUUCCAGUCAGUGCUUACAGACUAAAACUUGAGUUAAAAUCUCCAUUUUAAUUUAAAAACCACUUCCAUUUUUAGUGUCAGUCACUGUGACGAACCUCUUUCAAGAACUUCACAAAGGUCUAUGAAUUUCAUUUCAAAGGCCCAAUGUUUCCCUUACGAAAUCAUAUAUUCUUGACAUGCUUUUCUUUCUUUUUUAACCCUUUUCCCAUGAAAAAGUGUAUUGAAUUGGAUAAAUCAAGGCUGGUAAGAUAAUUGAUUUGAGCACUUGUUCAACUGAAGAAAACACUUGUUAUAUUGCUCAUAUUCACUGAAUAUGAUGGAGUACAUAUUUUUUUUGUAAAUUCUCUACUCAUACACCAACGAGCAAACAAAAAUGAUGUUCUAUCCAAAAACAGUCCUCAAAUGUACACAUGGAAUUUGAUUAGUUCUUAUACAUGUAUUUUAUUGUCUGUGUAUGGUAUACAUAACUUAUCAUUGGCCUGCAAGCAGGGGGUUGAAAUAAAGAUUUUCUGAAGAAAAAAAACAUU